UGGCUCCAUCGGGCAGGCUGGAAACGGCACUUGAAGGGACUAGAUCGGGUGUGGUUGCUAGACAUGGCGCAGACACCCAGCCACCACGAACGGGCACUGCAGGACGUGUGCUGGGCUGCUGAGAUGGUGAUUUGGAGAGCACAGCAGGUAUCCCACUCAGGGGUAGUAGGCAUGCCCGCCAUGAUGCACAUCAACCGACGCGAGUAUGGAACGACCAGCAACGAAAAGCCGUUCAAUGCCAGCCAGACGGAGCCGACGAUGAAGAAGUAUCGCACCGUGUGGCUCCAGAUUAUUGCGUACAUCUGGCGGACGUAUAAGCUCCCCAUCGUCCAGCCAGAUUCCAGUGACGAAGUGCAGGGCAGACGCCCACCAUACCGCUUGACGCGAGAGCAAAAGGCGUGCUUGGAGGAGAUGCAGGAUUUGACGGGUGAGGACGAGCCGCUGGAUGCAGAAGACGCCGAGGCGCUGCAGGACCAAGUGCUUGCAUUUAUGCUUGCGCUGCUAGAUCACAAGCUGGCCAGCAGCGAGUUUGAGACCGGCUUGAUCAGUGGCAUGGCU